GGCUGACGACGUUCCGGCUACAACAAUGGCUGAAUAGAGAGAGGUGAGACAUCCCUGAGAACAUGGCCCGUGUGGAGCACUGUAGACGCUUGCUGGACAAGUUACAGAGACAGCGAGAAGCGGCCUUCCUGUGUGACUGCGCUAUUCUGAUCGGCGACUUCCAGUACAAAGCUCAUAGGAAUGUGUUGGCUUCUUUCAGUGAAUAUUUUCGAGCCCUUUUCACGGACUCCUCGGACUGUAGUGUACUUCUUGACCAGACGCAAGUGACACCAGAUGCAUUCCACACAGUGCUGGAUUUUAUUUACAGCGGGGACUUGCAUUUUGACAGGUGUCACUUACAAGAAGUCCUUACGGCCGCAGAAUACUUGAGGCUAGAAGAGGUAGUUCUGACGUGUAGGACUAAACUGGACUGUGCUGCCACGGAGAGAGCCUGUAGUACAGAGCUGCCUCCUGCAGAGGAUUCUCCUGAUACCAAGAAAUCACCAAAACGUCCAGAAAACAUAAGACAAGAUGUAUGUCUGGCCAAGAGGGUUAAAGCCAGAAAAACUGCUCGGAGCAAAAGAUGGAAAAGGAAACUACCCUGUACCCCAGAAACUUCAAGGAAGGGGGGAGAUCAGCAGAAAACAGCGUCGGACCCCCACCUGCCUGUCAAUAAACUGGAAGAAUCUGUAGCAGAGCAGCUGACUCAGGUUAAAGAUAGCGGUCUGCCACCAGUGUGUUCUGCGCUGAACCCUGGAAGCUUUUCACCAGACACUAACGUUGCAUCAGUGAAGCAAAAACAAGUCAAGUCUCCACAAACCGGAGCCCUGAAGGAACACUGUAUGGCCAGUAUCACAAGUGCAUCUAACAUGUGCAAGAUGGGGAAAGACGUGGAUCAGAAAUACUUGAAGAAUAAACCUACGUGCAAUACUUGUGGGAAGGUUUUCUCAGAAGCCAGCAGUCUUCGGCGACACAUGCGGAUCCACAAAGGUGUCAAACCUUAUGUGUGUCAUUUAUGUGGAAAAGCUUUCACUCAGUGUAACCAGCUAAAAACGCAUGUAAGGACCCAUACAGGAGAAAAGCCAUAUCAGUGCAAGCUUUGUGAUAAAGGUUUUGCUCAGAAAUGCCAAUUGGUCUUUCACAGUCGAAUGCAUCAUGGAGAAGAGAAACCCUAUAAAUGUGAUAUGUGUAAUUUACAGUUUGCCACUUCCAGCAAUUUAAAGAUUCAUGUCAGAAAACACAGUGGAGAAAAGCCAUAUGUCUGUGACAGGUGUGGUCAGCGAUUUGCACAGGCUAGCACACUGACCUACCAUGUCCGGCGACACACCGGUGAGAAACCGUAUGUCUGUGACACCUGUGGAAAAGCAUUUGCGGUCUCCAGUUCUCUGAUUACUCAUGCAAGGAAACAUACAGGGGAGAAACCUUACAUUUGUGGAGUUUGUGGAAAGAGUUUCAUUUCUUCUGGAGAACUUAAUAAGCACUUUCGGUCUCAUACAGGAGAAAGGCCGUUUGUCUGUGACGUUUGUGGAAACUCCUAUACUGAUGUGAAAAAUUUGAAGAAGCACAAGCUGAAAAUGCACAAUGGAAAUGAAGAAACAGAUGAAGCAGAACCUACUGACAGAAGCCUCAGUGAGGAAGACACGGCAAAGAACAGUUCAGCUCCAGACUGUCUGGACUUGAAACCGUCUGAGUUGUUCUUACCUCUCACUCUCCAUAUUGGCCCAGAAGACCAUCAGAUGUUGCUGCCUGUAUCAGAUAGUCAGUGUCUCUCUUCUGACUCUUUGUUGAGGACGUCGGCCAACAGCUAUUCAGAGCCACAAUUUAUAUUUUUACAGCAAAUGUACUGACAGAGAACUGUCUAAAAUCAGACAAAAUACUCUUUCUGUAGGCUGAGCCUAAGCUGGAGUUUUAGAGCUGCACUUUUCUGCUUUCUAGAGGAACACUUUGUUUGAUGUGAUAUACCGUCCUACAUGUUCUUGUAUUGUUUUACCAGCACAUUUGCCAGUCCUAUUUCUUGAUAAAUAAUUAAUGUGGUAGAAUGUUUACAGAACUGUAUUUAGCUUAAAGGGGUCCUCUGGGCUUUUACUAAUAUCUCUCUGCCCCCUGUGGAAGACUGCAGUACAUACCCUUCUGUUGCCCCGCCAUCUCCGCUGUGCUCACGUGAACCUUUGGACUGGCUGCAGUCUCUUCCGCCAAGGUCCCGUCUGGAUAUGCUCCUGAGUUGUCCUGUUCAGCUACAUAAUGUAAAUGCAGCAGAACAGGAAGACUCUGGUUGGGACCUCAGCGGAAGAGCCUGUAGCCAGUCUAGGAGGUUACAUGAGCACAGCAGAGAUGGCAGAAUCGGCUGUGCAACAGGGGGGAGUACUGCUGAAAUGACCUUGCUUCCACAGGUUAGAAGGCAGAGGGAUUUUAGUAAAAGCCAGAGGACAUAAAGACAUUAGACAUAUAUCUGAACCUUUGCCCUAGGUAUCAUGUAUAGUAAAACUCUGGAAAUAAAAGCAGCAGUUUCCCAGGCUGCCUACCACCAAGGACAUGGUGACGGGUUAAAAUAAAAUGCAAGGUUCCAGCACCAGUCCAGCAUAAAACUUCCUUUAUUAAAUCAUGGAAGAUGAAAAAGUAAGACUAGUAAAGUGACAACCUUUAAAGAGAACCUCCCACCAUGAAAUGCAGUGCAAUGUUAGAGAGCAGAAGGAGCUGAGCAGAUUGAUAUGUAGUUUUAUGGGAAACUAUUCAGUAAAACUUGUAAUUUAUACAUUUAAACCUCUGCUCUUUCUGAGCUCAAUUGUACAUGGGACCGUCUUAUCGGUGACUGACAGCUAUCUCUGUAUACACACCUAUACAGAGAAUAAUAUCAAUCACUGAUUAGACAGCUCCCAUGUACAACUGAGCUCAUAGAGAGCAGAGAUUUAAAUGUAUAAAUAACAAGUUUUACUGACUCUCUUCCCACAGAUUUGUCGUUUGGUACAGUGUAUCAGUGAAGUCACAAGCUCUUGGCACAGGAGAGAGAUGUGCUUACCGUCUGCUGUAAGAAACUGCAUAAGUUCCCAUUCACUGACAGAGUGCAAAGAUCUUAACUGGCAAGGAAUUGAACUACAAAUUCUAUUAGUAAGUUGCAGAACUAUUCAGUCAUUAUAAGACUCACAAACUCAGAGCCAUUUUAAAAAGAUGUGGAGGAAAUCAUGUCUGCCUGUACAUAUGCAAAAUGACAUACCGUCCACUCACAUCAAUGUGUAAUGGGAGCUCUAUGAUGUCAUACGCCAUGUUGUCAAUUUUAGGACAAUCACUUUCAGCUUUUUGAAAUAUGUCAUUAGUUUACAAGCACUCAAACCCAACCACAUGUCUUAUUUAGAUCAUCCAGUUCCAGAGAUUGGGGGUUGUUGUUCUGCUCAGCUUUGACAGCAGGUGAAUCAUCUGAUGUGCUGCUGUCUCAGCCCUGUAGCCUGUAUAAGGAAUACAAAUGUAGGCACUGUUCUGGACAUCCACUGGUUGGAUCACAGGCUGAUUCCCAGCAUUGGCUGCUUCCUCAGGCAUGUAGCUUGUAUAAAAAUACUCAUGCAUUUUUUUUUUCUUUCAUGUUAAUUAAUGUUGCUUUACUAUAUGUAAAUAGAUGCUGGAGAAAUUCUGAGGAUAAUGGGACUUCAUGAAAACAGGGUCUUUUAUGAUUAGGUCAUCUUGGUUCUUCUGGCCCACUUUUAGCACACUCUUUUGCACUAUUAUGUCAGUUGGGUGGUGGGUCUAUACCCUCUGCA